AAAGCAUGUUCCUCUCUCGCACACGUUCAGUUUAUUCUCAAACAUUUUUCUCCUUUUCUACCUCCUCCUCAUCAAAAGCAACUUGCCUUUCUGCUAUUUCUAGUUUUUCCCACUGCAUGCCCCUCUCUCUCUCUCCCUCCCUCUGCUUUUUUCUCUCACACCCUCCCUCUUUCCUCUUCAUCCUCCUUCGACAGACAGAAUGCUGCAGCAUCCACUGAGUAAGGUAACGUCUGCGCGAGCAAGAGUAGGGUGAUUCUUGCUACCUGCUCUGCAGCUGAAGGGAUCUGUUCUCCCAUCAGUUCUCUGCUACUGGAUUUACCUGGAGAAUAGACAGAGAAUAGAAAGGGUGAUUUAAAGGCAGCAAAAGACUGACAGAAGGAGGCAACCAUGGCCCGGCUGAACUGGUGUCUGGCAGCAGUGAUAAGCUGGGGGAAGUUCCUCUUCUCUUGUUUCUUUCCAUUGAGAGCAGCCAGGAGAGAUAAGCCAGAAGACUUUGAGGCUGUCCAUUCCCACACCUUCAAGGCUAAGUCCUUCAAAAAGGCAAAGAGUUGUGCAGUAUGCAAGCAGGCUUUGACGAAAGAGGGCCUGGUCUGCAAAGUGUGCAAGUUGUCCUGCCAUAAGAAAUGUGAGGUAAAGGUAGCCACAGCCUGUGAAACUACAACUAACCUCAAUCAGGGAUCCACAAAGUCUCCCAAUAUGGACACAAAACGAAGACCAUCCAGGAGCUUGAGUCUGAUGCAAACAAUGGAAGAAAAUGAGGUGGACCUGGUCUACAUCACAGAACGCAUCAUUGCUCUGUCCUUCCCCGGUGGAACAGAGGAGCAUAAAUACAGUGUACACCUGAGGGAGGUGACCACCAUGCUCCGUUCUAAACACCAGCAGCACUAUCUACUGCUUAAUCUCAGUGAACGCAGGCAUGACAUCACCAAGCAGAACCCAAGGGUGCUGGAUUUUGGUUGGCCUGAUCAUCAUGCUCCUGCUCUAGACAAAAUUUGCAGUAUCUGUAAAGCCAUGGACACCUGGCUUAAUGCAGACCCUCACAAUGUAGUGGUGCUGCACAACAAGGGAAACUGGGGGAGAACUGGCGUGGUGGUUGGUGCCUAUAUGCACUACAGUAACAUAUCUGCCAGUGCUGACCAGGCAUUGGACAGGUUUGCCAUGAAGCGUUUUUAUGAAGAUAAAGCCAUGCCUGUGGGCCAGCCUUCCCAGAGAAGGUAUGUGCAUUACUUUGCUGGUCUUCUUUCUGGCCACAUAAAAAUCAACAACAAGCCCCUGUUCCUUCACCAUGUCAUCAUGCAUGGCAUCCCUAAUUUUGAGUCUAAAGGAGGUUGCCGACCCUUCCUCAAAAUCUAUCAAGCAAUGCAGCCUGUGUACACAUCUGGAAUUUAUAACGUUCAAGGCGACAGCCACACAAGCAUCUGUAUCACCAUCGAGCCUGGCCUGCUACUGAAAGGAGAUAUACUGCUGAAAUGUUAUCACAAGCGUUAUCAAAACCCUAAUAGGGAUGUGAUCUUCAGAGUGCAGUUCCACACAUGCGCAUUACACAAUUUAGCUCUGGUCUUCACUAAGAAUGACCUUGACGAGACAUUUAAAGCAGAUGAGAGAUUUCCGGAAUAUGGGAAGGUGGAGUUUAUCUUUUCGUUUGGUCCAGAGAAAAUCAAAGGGUUGGAUCAUCUCCAGAACGGACCUAGUGUCUCUGUGGACUACAACACCCAGGAUCCCCUGAUCCGCUGGGACUCUUAUGAAAACUUCAACAGGAGAUGUGAAGACAUUAAAGAUGACGUUGCUCAUUCUCAAGGUCCAGUAAACAGCAGCCUUUACGGCCAAGUUCAGAAGAAAGACUCUCUUGAGGGUAUUGUGUCUGCUAAUGGUGCUUAUUCAACCAACCGUACUCCUCCUGUAGUAGAACACGCUCUUCCUCUUCCAGUGGCCAACCAUCCACUACCAGCUGCAGACCACGCCCUUUCUGUCAGCAGUGACUCAGGCAACUCCACUGCUUCUGUUAAGACAGACCGCACAGAUGAUGUUCAACAGUCAUCCUCGGGGCCUGUGAGCCAAGCUCCCCCUGAGACUGCAAUUAGCCCUUCUGAGAACCGAGAGUUGGAACAGCUUCUGAGUGGUUCUGAGGGACCACCACAUCUCCCUCAUCAGAAUUUCCUCUCUUUUGCCAAUACAAGCCCAGGGGGUGGUGUGCGGCACCUUGUGCCUGCCCAGGUCCACGUUAACGGACAAGCAGGUGCUGAGCGUGAAACUGAUAUUAUUGACGACGAGUUACCGGAAAGCCAGGUUGGAGAUAACAGUGCAGGCAGUCUUGGCACACUCUCCUCCUUUGAGGGUCAAGAUACACCGGCUGACAGCAAAGCAGUCACUGAAUCCACUGUAGUAGAAGUAGACGGACAACGUGAUACCUUCCUAGAGCGAAGGCCUAAAAAGGAGAUGCCUGUACACCAGCUUCGAGGGUCAUCAUCAGCACAUGGGCUGAUAGACUACAGUGGGCAGAACGAAGGAAUGUAUCGCUCGCAGUCAUAUGGUGGCCUGGUGCUGGAUGGAGGACCUCGAUACUUGCCACAAGCUCCUGAACGUAAUACCAGCAGCCGGGAGGCAGUGCAACGAGGGCUCAGUGCUUGGCAUCAAUAUGGUCUUGUGGAUGACCCCUUCUUUGGCUCGAAUGGUGCCUUGCCACACUUCCCAACUCGUGGAGGAGGAUCGCAGCAGGAUGUCGAACAGUCUAUAGAUGCCCUAAACAUGCUCAUGCUUGACUUGGAGCCUUCACAUACACCAGUUCCCAAAUCACAGAGUGCUCCCCCAGGUGAAAAUAUCUCAGCUUUCCAUCCACCCUUUGCCCAGACACUAGCCAGACCUUCUUACCAGGCUGACCAGGCCAUUUAUAGUGUCACUGGUGGCCCACCUCUGUCUUCCUCUGCCAGUUUUGGCCAGUCCUCACAAAGAUCAUCACCUGCUUACCCCAUGACUCCACUAUCUGAGCAUCAUCAAAGGAGUUACCAGUCCCCUCAGACCCAUUCACCAAUCUAUCAGCAAGAUCCCUACAGUAUUCGAGGAGGUUCAGUUACAACACCAUCCCCAACUUUACCCCUGCCAUCUCCAAUCAAACCCCAGUAUGUCUACCCAGGAACCAGCGAGGCGUCUUACUCUCCAGAUCUUCAGGGCACAUUCCCAGGCCCUCAGAGAAGCUACAGCACAUCGUCAUCACCACUCCCCCCUGUUACCCUUGCAAAAGAGCCUGAGCCAAAGUCUGAGGAAGAGAUGCCGAACCUUGAGGGUCUUGUGGCCCAACGUGUGGCAGAGUACAACGCUCGCAUCCGCGGCAUCUCCAAGAGCAUGUCCUUCCGGUCCGAACAUCAUCGUUCCUAUUCCUUCUCUGGAUCACAUUCACGUACAGUAACCCCAGAUGAAGCCAUGCCAACUACACGCCGACGAACCACCAGUGAGAGCCAGUACCUCAGCAGCCAAAAUGACAGUGCAGCCCAUGGGGUGUGUUCUCCAUUGAAGCCUGUGUCUCCAGAGUUUGUCAACACAAUUGCAAUGAACCCAGGUGGACAACCCAAGGAGCCUGUGCAUAGUUACAGGGAGGCCUUUGAUGAGAUGGUAUCAGUUCCUGUUAGUCCUACCCGCAGUAGUGGUGGCCAUUCUGGUCAGGCCACUCAUUCAGCCACAGGCCUGAAGGUCCAGAACCCUGCAGAAGCUCUGGUACAACAAAGCAGCUCAGAUUCUGAUUCUAGUGAUGGUAUGGAAGAUCCGCAUGGUUUCAUAGGAACAGGAGUCCGAGGAGGAAGUUUGAUUUCUCCUUUGCAGCAUCCAUACCCCUCUGCUUUUGAAAGACCAGUUCCUCCUGCCCACACUUUCAACCAACCUCAGCCAGUUAACAAUGCUAGCUCUGAUGGUUUUGGCAGUCAGCCUGCCUUUCCAUCAUUUCCAUCUGAGCCCAUCCGGGCUCCUCUCUUUCCAGACACCUUCACUUACCUUAACCCUGAUGAGGCCACUGUUAACAUCAUGGGUGUUCAUCAUGUCCCAGGAAGCCCCAACACACUCCACCGUACAGUGGCCACCAAUACACCGCCAAGCCCUGCCCUUCAACGUAGGCUUGGUGGUCAGAGCAGCCCUGCUUUGGGGCGACGUAUACCAACAGCCAGUGGCAGCAGUGAACCAUCCACUCCCAACAGUCCUCUUGUGGGUCGCAGUGGCAAAUUCAUCCCACCAAGCCCUGUGCUAGACCGUCACCCCUCACCUGCUCCAGUUGCUUCUAGCCCAGAUCACAAAGCCCCAUCUAGGGGCCAGGCCACUCCAGAUGAGAGAUAUGGGGCACAGUCCAGGCAAAGCACCACUUCUAUGGUCCAGCCUGGACCAGCUACCCCCACAUUUCCCCUUGAGCAAUCCUGUACCCCCUCACUGUUCUUGCCCCUGGACAUAAGAGCGGGAUCCAUUGCAGGAAAUACUGAAAGUGUUACAGCAGACAGCACAGAAAGUAGGAAAACUCCCACUCCUACACAGCUGCCACCUGCAAUCACCUCAAUAUAUGCCGAUGGACCUCCAGAUAUUAGAUUGAAUAUCAAAUUUGUUCAAGAUACAUCCAAAUAUUGGUACAAACCAGAAAUCUCCAGGGAACAAGCCAUUUGUAUUCUCAAAGAUCGUGAACCUGGAGCAUUUGUAAUUCGAGACAGUAACUCGUUCAGAGGAGCAUAUGGAUUGGCCAUGAAAGUAGCCUCUCCCCCUCCAAUGGUGCAGCAGAACAAGAAAGUUGGAGACAUCACAAAUGAGUUGGUACGACACUUCCUGAUUGAAACCAGUGCCAAGGGCGUGAGACUUAAGGGUUGCCCAAACGAACCAUACUUCGGGUGUCUGUCUGCUCUCGUAUAUCAACAUGCCAUCACACCUCUGGCUCUUCCAUGCAAGCUUAUGAUCCCUACAAGAGAUCCAAAUGAAGAGGCUUUGGAGUUAGCCACACCAACGAGUUCAUCCAUGGAUUUAUUAAAGCAGGGAGCAGGACCUCCUAAACCUACUGAAGAUUUGUAUGCAUGUAAUGUUUUGUACAUAAACUCUGUGGAUAUGGAAUCUCUGACCGGUCCUCAGGCUGUGGCCAAAGCCAUCACCGAAACACUUGCUGCCAAAUCCGCUCCUACGGCAACCAUUGUCCAUUUCAAAGUGUCCGCACAGGGCAUCACACUCACCGACAAUCAGAGGAAGAUUUUUUUCAGACGUCAUUACCCGAUCAACAUGAUAACAUACUGCAAUUUGGACCCACAAGACAGAAAGUGGAACAAAGCAGAGGGUGGAGUAGCAAAACUGUUUGGGUUUGUGGCUCGAAAACAAGGCAGCACAACCGAUAAUGUGAGUCACCUGUUCGCCGAGCUGGAUCCAGACCAGCCUGCUUCAGACAUUAUCCGUUUUGUCACCAAAGUCAUGCUGAACACCCAGAAACCUUGAGUGGCCGUCCAGCAACCAUCUUGAGUUCUCCAUACGAGUCUGAAUUUUCUCGCCAAAGAGGAUUUGGUUAUUCUUAUCUUAUUUUUCCAGAGUGGAUUAUUCUUUUUACAUACAGUAUUGCUUUCUUUUCAUUGAAUAACUCUGGGGGUUGGGCUCUUACUCUUUCUUCUUUGUGAAGAUUUGAAAACGAUGCUGUUUUUUGAGUGAAGAUCUUGCUGAAAAGCAGAUUACGAAUGUGCCAGGGUUAAGGUAGUAAGUGUAAAUGGCAGGGAUAAACGUAGUCCCUCUGGCCUUCCAUAUGAGGAGGCAAGACUUUACAAUAAAAAAAAAAAAAUAAUAAUAAUAAUAAAAAAUCACAAAUAAUAUUUAGAUAAAAAUGUCAUUAUUGUGAUUGAAGAACCAAAGGUAGAAAAAAAUAAGAGAAAAAAAAAUAACAUCAGACAAGUCAAAAACUCUUUCUGUGUCCUCCUGUGAAAAGUAUGAAGAUUUUGCAUGUUUGCUUGCAAGAUUCACAAGAGUAAGUCAUUUUCUCUGAAUUCAGAGGACUUUAAAGCAUUUUGCAGAAUUUAGCUGUUCACUUCAACUUCAAAUAACAGACCAAAUCUGUUGAAAUAAAUGAAAAAAGUGGUCCAAAAAAUGGCACACACACAAAAAAAUAAUAAUAAUAAAAGAAAACACCUUGACCCCAGGCUUGCCAAACUGAUCACCACAUAAAGACUUGCUACACUUGCCUGUGGACAUGGAACUAGAAAAUCCACUUCAGUCACUGGAAACGUUCUGCCGAGAUAUCCAUAUGGAUAGUAAAGAUCACACUGGCUCUACCCACAAUGUCCUGGCUGUGGUAGUAGAUGUUUAGCUUUUUCUGAACUGUGCUCAACAUCCCAUUCACAGCUUUGCCCCAGUCAGUGACAAAUACUGUAUACGACAACAUUUUGUUGCAUACUAUUUGAGUGCAUGGGUAGGUCCAUUUUGUACUUGUCUUUAAAAUGUAUUAUGACAAACCAUGACAUUAACUGAAUAUUUAUUUUUGUUGCAGUAUUACUCAUAACUAAUAUUUAAAAAAUAGUGUAUAGUCUACAGAAAAGAAAAAAACUUGACUUAAACGUUAAAAAUGAAUUAUUUUAGCUAAAAUAUCGAAAUCAGGUUUUGAGAAGCUCUUGAUGUAAAAUGUAUGUUACAGUUUUGUCUUUUUGAAUGUGUUCACUGUGUCAUUGUUAGGUGUUUUAGAAUGAAACGGCAUGAAUGUGGAAGAAAAUAUUUUAGAUUAAAAAACACCAAUACAUGUAUAAAUUUGCCAUGAGUGCUGCCAUUAUGUGUGUGAAUCAAACAGCUCCUGCAGUUGAUAUGGAUUAUGUUACUGGUCAAAGGGAGGUCGGUUGUGAAAGAGGCGAUGUAACAAUAUGUUUGCCAUAAGAAUAUAAAGUUUUAAUGUAAUGCACCUUCCAUCCUGUCAAUGACUAGGUCGUUCCUUCUCUGUUCACCAUCAUUAAGUGCUUUAUAAUCAUAGAUGGGGCAAAAGAGAUUGAAUAUAAUAAAUUAUCUAAAUGAAUUGACAGGAUGGAGGGUGUUUUGUUAUUGGUUUCUCUAUAACAAGAGGCAGUGGAGGUACAAGUAAACUCUGAGUUAAGCCAUUGGUAGAAAGUCAAAGUUGUUUGCAAUGUUUAACAAUUAUUGUAAGGUUUUAUUGUUUUUCAAAGUGAGUUCUGUUGCUGUUCCACUGUUUUAAGGAGAGUGAUCGUGGAUGAAGUGAGAGGAACUGUGGGAUUUACAGAUAUUUUGUCUAUUUUCAAAUGGUCAAAAAGGAGCAGUUUGACAGACCAUGUGCAAUUGAAAAUAAAAACAAAAAUCAUAAAGUCAA